GCACCGCAGCGCCCGCACCGCACCGGGAUUGCAGCGGGGAGCCGGCGCGGUGCGGCGCGGCGCGGAGAGGAGCGGAGCGGAGCGGAGCGGCUGCACACGUGGGCCGGGGGGCGGGCAGCCGCCGCGCCACGUGCGGUCGGAGCCGGCCCGCGGGAGGGGCGGGGGGAGCGCUGCAGGGAGAACGCGAGUGGGGUGCGGCGGGGUGUGGGGUUCGGCAGUGGGGUGCCACGGGAACGUCCGUCCCCGCUUCCAUCCGCCUGCAUUCCCUGGCUAAGGAACGAACGGAGCGCCCUAUAAUGAAGAUUUAUUCUCAUUUCUGUAUUGUCGUUGUGGUUAGAGCUGGUGGAGAGUGCGACGCCCAAGGGGAUCUGACAGCUUCAGAAGUGGGUGCUGAAGGAGUUAGGAGCUCCCACCUGGGAAGCGUUAACUCUUGCUAGCACGUAAUCUUGUCUUGAAACUGUUGGGUCUUCCCUGGACCAACAUCCAGGACAGUCUCGAAACAGAGAAAAAAGUCACCGCUGACAUCUGGAGGGCACGCAGAUGCACUGCAGGCCGAGACAUUCCUGAGUCCUUCUCCAUCCUUCUCCAAGUCUGUUGGGGAAGCUGGAGCCACCUGCAAGAGCCACUGCCCAUUGCCCGUGUUCCCAGCGGGGCGGAGCCGUGUGACACCGGCGGGUCAGCGCCAGGAGCCCCACGAGCGCUGUGCCGCUCGCUCUGGGGGGAGACACUCUUCCCCAUCUCCAGAAGAGGCAGCUGUUUUAUUUUAUGUUCUCUUGUUCCCGAAGCUGAUGGCUUCCCCGGGAUUUCAGUGGCUGUGCUCUCGCUCCUUCCGUUAAGCAGGUAACCGCAGCACGUUCCUGCCCGCGGUCUCCCGGUCCCCCCGCACUCCUCGGCCGCUGAUCCCGGCUUGUGUUGAGGCCGCGGCGUGCGGGAGGAGCCACCAGGUGGCAACCUCUCUCCGUGCUGCUGCUGCGGGCUUCGGUGGCUUUUCCACCCUUCACUCAAGCUGGAGCAGACGCAGCUUUCUAGCUUGCUGCCUACCAGCACCGCUCAGCGCACGCUGGCAGAGCCACGCCAUGCAUCGGAGGGGCAGCUUCUCGCUUUGCUGGAGGCACAGCAGCAGCUGCUUCAGCGUUGCUGACCUCGUCAGGAUCCCACCUCGUGCACUGACGUGGAACGAAGUAACCGGGGUGCUGGCACCGGGCAGCGAGCUGCAGGGCUGCGUGUGACAUAGGGAGCAACGUGAAGACGGGGUUGCGAAGCCUCGGUGACAAUAGCUGUGAAAACAGACGUGGCCAGGGGGUGUAAAUGUGCAGAGAAGAGGGAAUGCUGAGUUUGGGAUGAGCUGCCCUGGUUCUGCAGCCCCAACCACCAUCUGUUGCGCUGAGCUCCAUCUAGCUCAGGCCGUAGCUGUGCUCUCACCAGAUGUUAGCUUACAUGAGCUGCGUGUAAAUGUGAACUGGUGCGAGAGCUGUGGCCCGAUGUGCUUUCGGUAGGGUUUGACCUGCAGAAGUGACGACGUGCUAGCCGGCCUCUCGCUGCGGGGAUGCGCUCCAGAAGUCGCAGGUGUGUGGCUGGAGCUUGGUCAGUGAGUCAGGAUAGGAAAUAUCUUCCAAAGCUCCAAAUAAGACAAAACAAACUGAGCUUUAGCACAUGCUCAACUGAUUGAGCCUUUGGCAAAGUAUGACAUGAAUUUCCAGGGCUCUCGCUGAGGCCGCAUCUUGACUGCUGCGUCCUUCGGCGCCGGUCCUCCAGAACAGGGUGAGGAGCUGCCGUGGGACCGCCGUGGGGAUGGAAUCGUUAGCAAUUCCAGACCAUGAUGGGAAACAGAAGGAGUGAAGAAAAGCCGGGUGGAUCGAUUUAUUUAUUUAUUUUCCUCCAGAAAGUGGGAAUAAAGCUACGAGCCCAGAGCUGGCUGCUCAUGGAAUAUCUGCGGCGUGAUUGGCACUAAUGCUCUGCAGCCAGUGGGAGAAGAUACAUUACCCAACCCUGCCGCAUAGAGGUGGAACCCUUCCGCAGCCGCUCGGAUCAUUUACAGCAGCCACUUCCACAGGCAGUAGCGAGGCAGAGAUCGAACUCCCGGCGGCUGGUGACCCUGGCGCGGGGCCUGGCCCCCGCCUUCCUGCGCUUCGCGGGCAAGAGGACGGACUUUCUGCAGUUCCACAACGUGAAGAACCCGGCCAAGAGCCGCGGCGGGCCCGGCCCCGAUUACUACCUCAAGAACUACGAGGACGGUCUCUAGACAAACUCUAUAACUUUGCUGACUGCUCUGGCCUUCACCUGAUCUUUGCACUGAAUGCUCUGCGUCGAAAUCCCAAUAACUCCUGGAACAGCUCCAAUGCGCUCAGCCUGCUGAAGUACAGUGCCAGCAAGAAAUACAACAUCUCCUGGGAGCUGGGCAACGAGCCCAAUAACUACCGGACAUUGAUUGGUCGCUCAGUGAACGGCAGCCAGCUGGGGAAGGACUACAUCCAGCUGAGGAGCCUCCUGCAGCUCAUCCGCACCUAUUCCAGAGCAAACCUCUAUGGGCCGAACAUUGGGAGGCCCAGGAAGAACGUCAUGGCUCUCUUGGAAGGGUUCAUGAAAGUGGCUGGCAGCACAGUGGAUGCUGUUACCUGGCAACAUUACUACAUCGAUGGCCGAGUGGCCAAAGUGACUGACUUCCUGAAAACACGCCUGCUGGACACACUGUCCGACCAGAUCAGGAAAAUCCAGAAAGUUGUGAACGCAUACACACCGGGCAAGAAGAUCUGGCUGGAAGGCGUUGGUGCUACCUCUGCUGGAGGCAUGAACAACCUCUCCGAUUCCUAUGCGGCCGGGUUCCUGUGGCUGAACACGCUGGGCUUGCUGGCCAGCCAAGGCAUUGAUGUAGUGGUGCGGCACUCCUUCCUUGACCAUGGCCACAACCACCUGGUGGACCAGAACUUCAACCCCCUGCCGGACUACUGGCUGUCCCUACUGUACAAGCGGCUCAUCGGACCCAAGGUGCUGGCCAUCCAUGUGGCCGGUCUGCAGAGGAAGCCCCGGCCGGGCAGGGUGAUCCGUGACAAGCUCCGCAUUUAUGCCCACUGCACCAGCUCCCACAACCACAACUACGUGCGGGGCUCCAUCACCUUGUAUAUCAUCAACCUGCAUCGCUCCCGGAAGAAAAUCAAGCUGGCGGGGACGCUGCGGGAUAAGAUCGUCCACCAGUACCUGCUGCAGCCCUAUGGCAAAGACGGGCUGCACUCCAAGUCUGUGCAGCUCAACGGGCAGCCUUUGGCCAUGGUGGACGACGGGACCCUCCCCGAGCUAAAGCCCCGGCCGCUGCGGGCCGGCCGCACGCUGGUCAUCCCCCCGCUGACCAUGAGCUUCUACGUGGUGAAGAACGUGAACGCGUUGGCCUGCCGCUACCGAUAGCCCGCGGCCCGCAACGGACCCACCGCUCGCUCCCCGGGACGCGCUGCUCGUCGGCAGCACGGCGCGGGCACCGCAUCGCACCUCCUCCCCGCCGCCCGGACGCCCUCCGGCUCGGCACCUUCUCCCCCCACCCGUGCCCGCCCCGCCCCGCGCACCGACGGCCAAACUGCCGGGCUGCGGGGCUCCGCCGGGAGGGUCGGGGCCCGCCCCGCGUGCGGGGAGCUCGCAGCGCGCAUGGAAGCAGCUCCCUCUGCUGCCGCUGCGAGCGCGGCCCGGACGGCGCGGGACGGGGGGAGCCGCGCGGGCGGGGCCACGGCUGUAAAUGUUGGUAAUUAAGUUAAUGAGGCCCGCGGCGACGGGGAGCUCCGCGCCGUGCGAGGCGGAGGCGGCUCAGGCUGCGGGAGCGAGAGGUGCGGGCCGGAGCAGCCGGGACGCACCGCGACGGAGCGCGAGGGAUAAUAAAGCUCCGCUGCCCACCGCGCACGCCUCUUCUGUUCGCCGCGGGGCGGCACCGGAGCGG